CUCCUGUAAAAAAGGAUGUUCAUUUAACCGUCCACCCACUCACUUCUCUUUUAUAUAAACAUUUCAUCAAUCCUAAACUUUAUCCCGAUUCACAAUUUAGGAAAAAAGAUGUCAAAUCCGAGGUGGGGGAUUGUGUUUUUCCUCUUUUGCACAAUCAAUUUCAGCACAAUUUCUUCAUUCUCGGACACACUUCAAGAACAGCAAAAGUUAGACAGGAUAACCUAUCUUCCAGGUCAAAACUUCGACGUUGAAUUCGCACAGUAUUCUGGUUAUAUUACAGUCAACGAAGAAUCAGGUAGGGCUCUGUUCUAUUGGCUAACUGAAGCUGUUGAAGAUCCUUCUUCCAAGCCUUUGGUGCUUUGGCUCAAUGGAGGGCCGGGAUGUUCUUCAAUUGCUUAUGGGAUGGCUGAAGAGAUUGGACCUUUUCAUGUUGAGAAAGAUGGAAAGACACUUUACUUGAAUCCAUAUUCUUGGAAUCAAGUUGCCAAUUUGUUGUUUCUUGAUUCCCCUGCUGGAGUUGGCUUUUCGUAUUCAAACACUUCAUCUGAUUUGCUUACAAGUGGAGACAAAAGGACUGCUCAAGACUCCCUUGAGUUUUUUGUGAAAUGGAUGGAACGGUUUCCUCAGUAUAAGGGACGCGAAUUCUACAUUAUGGGAGAGAGUUAUGCAGGACAUUAUGUUCCUCAACUUAGUCAAGCUAUUGUAAACCACAAUUCAGCUACUGGAGAAAAUAUAAUCAACUUAAAGGGUUACAUGGUGGGAAAUGCUUUAACCGAUGAUCAUCAUGACUAUUUGGGAGUUUUUCAGUUCAUGUGGGCAUCUGGUUUGAUUUCGGAUCAAACAUACAAACUAUUGAAUCUUCAUUGUGAUGGCCAGCCUUUCAUACACGCACCAGAAGAUUGUAAUAAUGCAAUGGAAGUUGCUUAUCAAGAAAUGGGAAACAUUGAUCCAUAUAGCAUCUUCACUCCUGCAUGCACUGCCAAUUAUACUUUCUCCAACCGCAUGUUAAAAAAAUGGAAUAUUCUUGGUCAUGUUAGUAGGACAUAUGAUCCUUGUACAGAGAAACAUUCAGUUGUAUACUUUAACCAACCUGAAGUUCAAAAUGCGCUUCAUGUUGCCCGUCAACACGUCUCGACAUGGGAUACCUGCAGUGAUGUAAUAAAUACUAAUUGGAAUGAUUCACCCAUAUCAGUUCUUGAUAUAUAUCGCGAACUUAUACCUUCUGGACUUCGUAUUUGGAUAUUCAGUGGCGAUACAGAUGCUGUAAUUCCUAUCACAUCGACUCGUUAUUCGAUUGAUUCUUUGAAUCUUACGACUACGAGUUCUUGGCAUGCUUGGUACGACGAUGGACAGGUGGCAGGAUGGGUUCAAGAGUAUGAAGGACUGACUUUUGUUUCAGUAAGAGGAGCUGGCCAUGAAGUGCCACUUCAUAAACCUAAACAAGCUCUCACUCUCUUUAAGUCUUUCUUGGAAGGAAAAACUUUGCCAACUUUAGGGCAGGUGAUUGUCAAGCCAGAAUCAAACCAAGCAGUCGAUUCUUGAUUGUUUUAUAUGACAAAUUAAGAGGCAAAUCAUAACUGUUUCUUUGUUUGGUCACUGACAUGUUGGUUGUUCUUGAUGGAAUCGAAUAAUAGAGACAUCUUUAUUGACUAUUUGAA